AUGCAGACGGAAGAAGACUUCGGGAAGUCCGCUGGCCAGCGAGGACGGCGAGUCAGCCGAUACCGAGAGAAACGUACUCCCUGGAGAGACCUGCGGCCGCACGACUGGAAAAGGAGGAGGCGGCUGGCGACGUGGGGCCGUGGAAGCCACCAACAUGAGCCUGGAGAGACUUCGGCAGCUAGUGGGGGACGGAAGGGCCCGGGAGCCAAGAAGCGCCCAGCCGCGCUCACUAAUGCUUCUGCCCUGGGGCUCCUUCUCUUUGCCCUCUUAGAGUUAGAGGCCGAUGAUCUCAUUGGCCUGGCCCGGCCCUCGGGCUCCUGUCACCAUCUUCCUAUUGGAUGGCUGCGCCUGGAUGGCCUAAACGGAACUCCUCAUCUCCACUCUCUGCAGCUUCCCUCAGACUCACCCGGCCUCAUCCGGGUUAGAGAGGCUGCUAAGUCCUCCCAGUAUGCCUUACGACAGAGCAACCAGAUGCUUCGGGAGCGCUAUCAAGAGUUUGUGAACUUCCAGGCCAACCAGAAGGAGGAGAAGGAGUUUCUCAUGAGAAAAUUUCAGGAGGCGAGGACGCUGGUAGAGAAGCUAAAGAUGGAGAAGCUGGAGCUGAAGAGGCAGAAGGAGAAGGCUCUGCAGGAAAGCGAAAAGGGUCAGAUUCCUGGCGAGACCGAAAGAGAGGCUUGGCGGAUCCUAAAAGAGCAGCUCGAGGACCGUUUGCAGCAGCUGGAAGAGACCAGAGAAGGUCUCCAGAAGGAGAAAGAAGCCCUUCUUCUGGAGAACCAGGAGCUCAGGACAAAGAACGAGACCCAGCCGCAGAGACCGCCGGAGACCGAAUCUCUGCAAGGGGCGAGCGGCAGGAGUGCAGAUUCUGAUGACCUGCUGACGAAGGUGCAAGAUAUGGAGAAUGAGAAUACGGCACUCAAGCAGGAGCUGGCAUCCCUGCAGGGCAAGAUGGCCCACUUGGCAGUAAGGGAAAAACAAGUGGAGAGGCGGGCCGAGCAGCAGUUACAGGCCCUGAAGAGGCAGGUGGAGCAACUGACGGAAGACAAAGGGUCUGUGAAAGCCCAGGUGACCUCACUGCUCGGGGAACUCCAGGAGAGCCAGAGCCGCCUGGAGGUCUCGAACAAAGACAAACAAGUCCUCGAGGACAGAGCUCGGACAGCCACGGAGAAGCUCAAGCAGCUGGAGAGCGAGAACGAGCAGCUGCACAAGCAACACAGCGUUCAGGUGGACCAGCUGCGCAUGCAGACCCAGAACGUGGAGGCCGCCUUGCGCAUGGAGCGGCAGGCUGCCUCUGAGGAGAAGCGGAAGCUGGCCCAGUUGCAAGUAGCCUACCACCAGCUCUUUCAGGAGUACGACAACCAUAUCAAGAAAAGCCAGGCCAGCAGUGAGCGCAGCCGGGGAAUGGACCUGCAGUUGGAAGACCUCAACCAGCAGCUGCAGCAGGCAGAAGAGGCCUUGGUAGCCAAACAAGAGUUGAUCGACAAACUUAAGGAGGAGGCGGAACAACACAAGACGGUGAUGGAGACGAUCCCAGUCCUGAAGGCCCAGGCUGAUAUCUACAAGGCCGACUUCCAGGCAGAGAGGCAAGCCCGAGAGAAACUGGCCGAGCGCAAGGAGCUUCUGCAGGACCAGCUCGAGCAGCUCCAGAGGGAGUAUAGCAAACUGAGGGCUGACUCCAAAGAAACUACCCGCAUUGAAGACAUGAGAAAACGGCACGUAGAGAACCCGCAGGCGGCCCUGCCCCAGCCAGUUCACCUUGUCAAUCAUCACCUUCCCUUUCACCCCAUGCCGCCCGGCCAGAGGAGGAGUCUUCCCGACCAGCAGCCCGAUUUUUGUUGUCCUAAAUGUCUGUAUCAGGCCCCGGAUAUCGACACCCUGCAGAUACACGUCAUGGAGUGUAUCGAGUGAUCCCCGUCCCCCAGCGUUGUGGCCGAGCACGACCCAGGGCAGCCUGCCCGCACCUUUGCUUGCUUUCCCUUGCCUAGGCCUCGGUGGGAAAACGUGGGCCCCUUUAGUAGUUUUUGCUCAGAAGCUUAAAGGACGAGGCCGGGUGGCCCUCCUCCAUUUGGUUUGCUCUCGUUCAGCGUGCUCUUUGUCUGACUUGGCUCGCCCAACUUGCUGUACCCCCGGUUCUGCCGAGCUCUUUCUGGAGCUGCAAAGGACCUCCGAGGCCUUUCAGUCUCCCCCUCUCCUCAUUUUGCAGAGGGGAAACCGAGGCCCACGGAGAUCAAACGACUUGCCCAAGGUCACACAAAUAAUCCCUGUCAGAGAUGAUAGCAUUUGAAGCCAGGUCUUUUGACUGCCUCCCAGUUUGGGCACCUUCUUUUGGAAGAGAGGCUGGCCGCUGGAGCCCGGGAGGUGAUGCUGCUGCCCCUCCUUGGUCGUUCUUGUCCCUGGCUCUUCGGAGAGAUCCUAGCAUUUCCCGAGUUGCUGCUAGGGCCAAGGAACCCUAGGCCAUGGCACUGUAUACUGGUUGCCAUUUCUCAGGGCUUUUAGGCCUGACAGGAGCUUAAUUAACAUGCUUCUUGAGCUCUUCCACACUGGAGGGUUCGGAUGCUCUGGGUAGGAAUUCGUCCCGUCUUACAGAGGGGAAACCUGAAAUUCUAAAGUGAAGAAGAGACGUCGGGGCCUCCCGACUGGUGCCGGGCAGGCUCUGGAGCCAGGCCCCCCUGACUUGAGGCCUAACACUCUCGUGCUCUCUCCCUUCCCCGUGGAGAUCCAGAAGCAGGCAGUACCAAAGAUUUCCAUCUGGGGUUCGACCCAGGUGAGCUUUGCUGGGCCUCUUGUCCUGACUUUGAUGCUUCCCACUAGUCCUGAGGGAGAACGUGUGGCUGACUGAUGGAUAGUAACUGGGUUGAAGGGCUUUCCCCAACUUCCAGUUUAGAACCUAGGUGUGUCCGUAUAGUGCUCACCUCUGCCCGGGCUCGAUUGGAUUCCCGUUUCCCUGCCCGAAGCCCAUUGGCUCCCAGGCCAAUGGGGAAGCACUUUGUACGAGCCCAGCUCCGAUUCUAAGCGGGCUCUUUAGAUACUGUUGGGCUACUCCUGCCUGGGCAGGCCAGCCUUCCCAGAAUUCAAGAGGCCUGGUCUCCGAGCGCUUCUGGCUUUAAAAGGGCCGGGCCCUCCUUUUUGUACGUGCCCGUAAUUGGCAGAACGGAGCGAGGGAGAGCAUUCCUCGGUUUGAAAAGAUGGCCGAUAGAAAUGGCCUCACGUUCUGCCCAGCGACACGGCAGAAGGGAGUGCUGGGUCUGGAGUUGAGAAGAGCUGGGCUCAUUGUCCUGCCUCUGACCCUUCGAUUCGUGACCUUCCCAGGGUCUUUGGAAACUGCCAGAGACGUGUGGACUGAGUCCCACGUGGGCGGCCAGCUCUGGUGAAGUUCCCACGCCGGGGUUCUUCGUGCCCACAAGCUAACCUGGCUCUGGUGCUUGACUCUGUAGACUACUUUUCUACCUCCGCUCCAGUGGCCUUCUGCUUUGUAGGUCCCCGAGGUGCCACCCCUCCCCCCAUGACUUAGUUAGUGGCUUAUGCAACACUUGGAAGGCAGUGGGAGGAAGCGCAUUGCCAUUGACUUUCUUUCUUCUACUUCUCCCAAAGCAGCUCCCGCUGUGGAUGGGAGAAUUUCUGGGUGGAGAUCAAUUAAAUGUGCCCUGGCGGUGAACCUGCA